CCCGGCCCCGCCGGCAGCCCCAGCCCCUACCUGCCCUCCCAACCCGCCCCAGGAAACACCAGUGAGUCUGAGGAGGACCAUAGUGCUGGGAGUGUGGAAAGCCAGGCUGUCCCCAGCACACACAGAGUGACUGAUUCCAAGUUCCAUCCACUCCAUGCAAAGAUGGGUGUCAUUAAAAAAGGCCAUGCCAGAGACAGUCAGCGUUACAAAGUUGACUAUGAGUCACAGAGCACAGACACCCAGAACUUCUCCUCUGAGUCUAAGCGGGAGACAGAAUACGGCCCCUGCCGCAGAGAAAUGGAAGACACACUGAAUCAUCUGAAGUUCCUCAAUGUUUUGAGUCCCAGAGGUGUCCACAUCCCAAACUGUGACAAGAAGGGGUUCUAUAAGAAGAAGCAGUGCCGCCCAUCCAAAGGCAGAAAGCGGGGCUUCUGCUGGUGUGUGGACAAGUAUGGACAACCCUUGCCUGGCUAUGACACCAAGGGGAAAGAUGACGUUCACUGCCUCAGUGUGCAGAGCCAGUAG